ACAACUGGGGCAAUCUUCUCGCCGCGAUCGCUGACCUGUCCCAACUAACCGUCGGUAGAGUCGAAUACCAAGCAAAAAUAGCAGCAGCGAAGUUCAUGCUCGUGUAGAUACACGUUGGUUUGGCUCAGUCCAUUUGGUAGUUGAAAAGUCGAACAGGGGGAAACAAGAAGCGGGCGAAAAGAAGCUCCUGUGGCCCAAAAAAGUAACGCAAUCAUGCUGGAAGCUAGAGAAACGGCGGCCCCCGCAAGACACAAUAGAGAAACUAGGAAGGCAUCGUAGAGAAAGAAAAGCCUUGCGAAUAACAUGGAAUCCUGAGCGAACGAGCGCAAGCGCGACAAAACGCGAAAAACAACGUGAAACAGCUUUCAUUAUAACGACAGUGACGAAAUUAACAAGCGAGUGUUUCGGAUUUCUGUAAAUAAGCCGAGCUUUCGCUCGAACGGAUCUGGUCUGCAACAAAGGUGCAAACAGGCGGGUCGAAGAUUCUCCCGCUGCGUAUUGUGAGAACUCCGUAGUCGCCCUGGAUUAUUUACCAUCAUCAGCUCCGCGAUUGGUAAAGGCAGCCGAAACUGUCACAAACCGAUAGUUACAACUAUAUUGCAGCAAAUUUAAUAAGCUGUCCUAUUAUUGAGCUUUCCCGAGUUGCGCUCUCUUAGUUUUUCUCGGUUUUGAAAAAUUAUAGCGGUGCGAGUUUCGUCAGGGUAGAAGUGGUUAGGACAGCAAGAAACAAGGCACAACAGGUCCAAAUGUCAGAAACCAUUGUUGUGGACGUACCGUGUAGUGGCGUACCGUUAAACGUGUCUGAUUACGGUGGCAGACACACAAUGCCUGUCUAAUAGUUGGCUGUGUACGCCUGCGAAAGUAUCGACCCGCCAGGCUCCACUGCGACUGCCGUGGACAAGAGCGGCUGAAUUUGCUAGCUGCACCUCCAUUCGGUCCGUUGAAUGGCCGCGUGUCUCUUUAAUUCUCAAAAUGAAGUUUGCGCGUAACUCCUGCAACAAACGUUUGCCCGUAGAACCUGUCGGUACCGCAAUGGCGGGUUAAUUUCCUCAUUGCCAGGGUGCCAGCGGACAUCGAACGUCAGUCACUACGCUGUCGACAACUAUGUAUCCGCUGAUACGGUACCAGCAAAACAGCCAAUCGAUGUCGAUAGAACCCCACGCGCGUCGGGCCUACACCCAUGGGGAAGAACCACUUUCGUUCCAUAACAGCGACUAACACGUACUACUCAACGCCAGUAGAUCAUCUUUACGGCAGUGCUGAAUUCAUGCACUUAACAGGUCGUUGUUCAUAAAAGAACCAUCGAGACAGGAUUACCAUUCUAAGGCUCAGAAAGUUGCUCCGCUCUAGUGUCGUAUGCACAAAGAUGAAGCGAUGAAAUAUCGUAAGAAAGCGUAACGACGCUCCUGUUCAGUGUUGCCGCGUGUCAACUCAAUCGGGUUAAUACUGAAGUGUUGUUUGGUCCUCUGAUCGACUUCACAUGCUCCACUGUUGCCGGUACAGCUGUUAUUGCAAAGAACUCCGCCGACGCCAUCUUCUGACCGAAUUUCAGUUGGUAGAUAUCGAUAGCGGACUCUAGCGAAUCAAAUUGCUAUUAUAUUCGGUCGUAGUUUCUGUCAUUAUGCCGGCGCCGCUGCGAGCGCCAUUAAACCGCUGUUCUAAUUUAAUCAUAAUAUACAAUGGACGGGUUGCAUAGUGUCCGCGUUCCUAAAAGGAAUAACGAAGCUGUCAUUGAGUUUUUGCUUCGGGCCAUCCAACAGAAUCAAUAAUAAGUAGAAACAAACAAAAGAGAAUUCAUUCAUCAUUAAACACACCGGCUGUACGUAACUCUUGUGUCUCAGCGCUUCGUCGUCCAUCGACUAGCUGCUGUCAUCUUUUUGAGCGUCAUUUUAAACUUUUAAGACGUUAGAGUAGCAUUUACGUAUGAGCUCUUAAUCGUCUAACCUACGUAGACCUUCUAUAUUCCCGUUGUGGGUCCAUUCACAUCCAACGUACGAGGCCGAGUCAACUUGCCUCUGCCAGUCUGUUGUGGUGUUACUACGCGAGCCGCUUGACAGCACGGCCGCAGGCCAAACACUCCCGAUUGCUACAACUAUUGCUAACAUCAGGGUUCGGACGCUUACCACCUUAUGCUGCCGCUACCGUAGCUAGAUUGUAGGUGGUCGUGGGCCGUGCCUAGGAAGAAAUUCUAUAGGUUCGUCCUGCAGCCGGUGGGCUAUUGGAUGUACGCUGGAGGCCGUAAGGGUCUACGCGGCCUAUUGGCGUACUGGAUGGCUGGGUGGCUGGCUGUCGGCCGACGUUGGUAGUGUUGCCUGCUGCAUCGUACGGAUCUCUAUGGUAACCUGUUGGGGAAUGGGCGCCGGCGGCCAGUAUAGCAGGCCGUAAACCGCCCGUCGCCAGCAGCUGCCGUUAGCGGCUUUUGGUAGCUACUAAACUGAGCGGAAGGAGGCGCAACGGAGUUCGACUGAAUGAUAGCAGCAAUCGAAGACGAAGAAAUGGCAGCAGCAGUAUUAACAAGAAAGCAUCAGAAAAUGCCAAAGAAGAACGGGAUUUUGUAUUCUGGGAACCGUUAAUACCGAGAUUUAUUACUGAGUAAUUAGUGGGCCAAGCAACAAUAACAGCAAAAUAUAACAAUGCACGAAAUCGGCGACCACAAUGAAAAUUGUAACAAACCAGUAACGGAGAGCUCAUCAAAACGAUCUUGUUAAUAACUCCGUCAGGUUGUGAAACCCUAGGAUAGGAAAGAGGUGCUCGCUGUGUUGGCCGGUCAAAAAAUUAUCUAAAACAACAUCGGACAGGACACAGGAAGUCCGUGACGUCGAAAGCUGUUUGACAGUAAAACCUUCCUGACAGCACUGUUCAGGGGCAGGAUUGUGAGGUAAACGUUACUGAGAAGAUAGCGCACACAUGGAAACCCUCAGGACGGCUAAGAAUCAAAUGGUUCAUAGCAAAGGUUGACGAAGUUUCUAGUUCCCCGUCCUCGACAACGUCGACCGUCGACAGUAGAAUGGGCUGGGGAAAAGCGUUUUGCAAAAGUAAACAAAUGUAAUUGUUUACGUUUGUUAUAAUUGACCAUAGCUAUUGUUGGUUCAAAACUGGUGCGUAAGUCUACCAGGAAAUGAAAAAAAUACAUACUUUUGGAUACCUACGCAGUUUUAUGUAUUGACAUAAGGGUGCAUUGUCUCGUACAGUCAUCUGUUUUGUGGAAGAAAGCUCAGUCGUUGAGCCGACCAAUCGAUGGUUACCGCGAGGAAGCAGUAUCAGCCAGUGCGUUCAGCUACGCGCUAAAUCAAAUCUGACGGUGUCCACAACAUGUUACGUUAUUGAAUCGUCCCUAAUUGAUGUGUAGUGUUCGUAAUAGCAAUCACCGCCGCUGGAGCCAUGCAAGGGAGAAGUGUCGUUUGGAAAUAGUACGCGAUACAUCAAAACAUUAUUGCACUUAUCUUUAUUGAUUUCCCCCCAAUAUUUACCCAGGUUGUGCAAAGCGCUGUGAAAUUUCGGCAUGAGCGAUGGAUUCCCCUGUUACACGAGGUAAUGUUGUGAUGAUCUACCGACAGGUUGGCUAUGUUCGGCUUUUCAUCAUGUGUAUUUCAAUUGUGCUUACCUUAAUGUGUUUUACUAGUGCGAAAGGGUCAUGGAGAAUGAUUUGCAAUGCAUGAAUCUCACACGAUUUACCGGUAUCACCAACAACAGCAGUAACCGUCGCGACUCUAUCUAUAUGGCAGGUCUGUUUGUAAGUAGAAUAGCAGUACAUCGUUGAUUACUUCAAACUUGUGAUGCGUAUCUAGUAGACGUACCAGUUCAUCUAUGUUAGUCUCACAAAUGAAACAUUACCGAGGCGCGAGGUUUCCCUGAAGGUGCUCACCGAACGCUGUACAGGCUUUUAGCCGAAUUUCUAAUGACAAGGACAUCAUGCUAAGACAGGAAGGGAUUUUUUCGAAAGGUGCAGUUUCUCUGUUGACGAUACACGUACUUGAUCAUUGGUGCAGAUACGAUGUUACCGUUUAGGCAAAUGCUCAACCCUUCGUCAUUCAAGGAAAAAUAUCGAGAAUAGAACGGCUUUAAAUCGAGAAGGUCUGUCGUCUGCUGUUCACGGUGCGCGUGAGAACUGUAAAUCGCGUAAUCUCUCGUACUGACCGUGGUGCUACGCUUUGCGAGGUGAUGUUAAACAAAACCGCUAUCAUGGCGGUCAAAUAAGUGUUCCGGGUAAUUGCGGGUAGCGAGGUGCCGUGCGCUCGGAUUGAGCCCCAAUGUCGACGUCAGAUAUUUGUCCGAAAGGUUGUAUUUAAACUCGCCACUAGAUUUCUCAAAGAUGAAGGCGUUCACGAUACUUCAUUCGAAUUCAUGGAAGUGCAUAUCAAAACACCGUCCUCUCGUGUUCUCACCUUGCGCAGAGAUGAGAUUUGAAAUCUGCGCUGAUCUUCCUAGUGGAUUUGUCGUGCACAAACUGGGAAGUGGUAGCGAAAAUUAGAUAAUUUUCUGGUGUUGAUUUUGUGAUUGUUGUUGUUGGCGAUGUUUACAACACGACCGACACUCGCACAGCGGCAGAAAAAACCGCGACGCAGGUGGCGACUGACAAAUGACAUGGGAGUUAAUGUUGGCCAUGACUCACGCUGAGCUCCGUCAGCUGCCAUCUACAGACCACCUGCCGCCCGUAUUACCACAAGCAAUCGAAGAUUACGUCUACAGCAUAAACAGCAGCCGGAUCAUAGGCCCCUCAGCCCCAGCCAGAGCUGACAUGGUCACGACAAAAGGAUCCAGGAAGUAUAAGAAUACCUCAGAGCCGAUUUGCUCCCCUUACCGGGCAAACCACGACGCCUAGGCCGAAGCCGACAGCUGCGUGCAAUAACUUAGGCAACAGCCCGUCUAACACUAACGGUAUCAAUAAAUAUGCCAGCCACUGUCACGGCAGCAAUCGCCCUGGUCUAAGUGACAAUCUCAACGACCAACGAUGGCAAUUGGAAGAAUUUGAAGAGUCAUUCGAAUACGAACGAGAACAGGACGAGCAAUUGGAUGAUAACACGGCCUACUCCUAUAGGAAGAAGUCCCUAAGAGAAGCCAGGGUGAGGAAGUCCAUCGAGGCCAACAACAAUCAGACAAUUGUUUUGUUUCCGACGUGUCGCUACUAGCCGACAGUUAAUUAGACGAGCGUUGCGUCAUCUCCGCGACGCUACAGCGGCGGAGCGGUGGCUAUGAUGAUAAUCCAGCGGCCUCACGACUGAGAUGCCGAGGCUGAAGUGGCUCAAACUUCGGUUCAAAGAUCGGCUACCGCCGCCACCGUGAAGAAUCCUCUCUUUGCUGAAACCAGAAUAUAUCUACUAUUCAAGAUAGCGGAAGAUCGAAGUCAAUUCAGAAACGAAAGCGGCGCGGCCGAGCGGCCCAGGAGAGUGUGGCCGCCUCGCGUCGCACCACGGAACAGAAAACAACGACGACGACAGCAACAACCGACGCACCAGCCGACGACGCGACAGCCGUCACAGCAGCAGAAAGCUAGCCCGAGAGACAGGCCAAAGUCGCGAAGAAGAAGGCGAAGGCUUAAAACACCGUGCGGACCUAUCCAGCUGCAGGACAGGUUUCUGAAAUAGAAUACUGCAUGCCUGGAUGUCGAGCGCUGUGUUAUAGGGAUUCAGGAAUACAGAUAAGCGGAAGCCAUAUAAUAGCCGACAUGACAAGCGAUUAACAGAAGGCUAAAGAAGUGUGUUUUAUAGAACUGCACUGGCCGUUAAAACAUUUUUUACGUCGUUGAAGAGUCUCUGGGAAAGCUCCCAGACAACUCCAGCUGUUGUGCAGAAAUCCAGCGGGAUUCAAAUAGAUAAAUAUAUUAAUCGAAGGAAAGGCAAGAAAACCAUAAAUAGACGCUGGUGCGGACGGAAACGGGGCCAUUGGACGGAGGCAGGACAGAAUCAAGGAACAAAGCUAAUACAGGUUUAUGUAGGAAACGAGACAAAAAAAAGUAGACAUAUAUAUAUAUAUAUAUACACUGUGUUAUGGUUUAGGCUCGAGGAUGCUGACGAAGCGACCUUAUGUAUGAGCUCUUGAAAACAUCUACUUUUCGAAAUACGGAUAAGUGACCAAGCUUUGUUAAGAGGACAACGGCAAACGACAAAAAGGAAGAUAUACCAUACCUGUUGCAGCAGCAUUCUUGUACAAAGAAAACAAAUAUCGAUAAACAUCCCAGCGUAAACAAUAGGUCGCUUUUUCUACUAGAAAGAAUUAGACACGCAUCAGAAAUCAGAAAAAGAAUAGAUAGGUACAAACAGACAAGCGGACAAAGAGAAAUACAUACGUGGAACUACAGGGAGAGAACACCCGUGCUUCGAAAAGGUUGUGGUUAGACAGCGCCCCCGUUGAACUCCUGUUGCUUCAGUGUUUCAAGCGACGACGAACGCAACGACCGGAGUGAAACACUACAUAGAGAUCCAAUAUCAACUAUGAAUAAAAAAAAAAAACGCUGAGAAAGAGAAAUCAGUAAUAGAAACACCACUGUGAAGUGUAUUCAGUAAUAUACUAUCUGAGUAGCGUGCCACCUGGGGACGUCAACUACCGAGGGUGUGCGCACGACUAUUGAACGACGUUCGUUCCGAUCAAGACGAUAGCACCGGAGGAACGUAAGCAGGGAGUAUGCAAUCUGGUUACAGUAAACCCCAGUGAUAAUAAUAAUACUAAUUAUUAUUAUCGUCUUUCUUCUAACAGGGGAGCGAUCGUCACGGCUGCAGCUAUUGCUAAGCGAUAAGAGAGCUUCGAAACUAGUCAUCCAUAAAGGUUUUAGUUGGCUUAAGAUCAGAAAACGGCGAUCUAUGGCCUCCCAUCAAAAAUAGAUCAACACGAAGAACACUAAUAAUAACAAUAAGGCCAAAAGCAACAACGCAUCAUACCCUGCAUGGAACUACCAUAUUGUUAACACUCUUAACCGUAACAGAGACGACGCCAACGUCAGUUAUAGGCGCGAUAAAGGUAGGUGGUAAUACGUCGCGCGACUAUCAUAAACCCGUAAGCUGAAAGAUCGAUUUCGUAUCGAAAACAAUUCGAGUAACUCCUAUAUAUAUCCUAUACGCCGGCGUAGUAGAAAGGCAGUGAUCGGAUAAUCUAUCAGUAGAGGAAAAUUACAUAACGGAGUGAAGGCUUGAGGGGUCGAGAAAGUUUCGUAGCGAGCGAGACGAUAAACCGAAGAGUUCAACUAUGAUACAGUAGAAUAGAACAGAAAACAAAGUGUAAAAGGAAGAACCAAAAAGCAUAAAAACGCAAAAGAAGGAAAAGGAUCGAACGGGGAAGAUAGGUCGCAGGACAUCUUUCUACGAGAAGUCGACAAACAUUUCGUUCCCGGUCACCGUUCGUAAAGGGGGAAAAUAUCGAGGAAAAUAGCAACUUACAAAAACAGAUCCGAACGCCGCGUCAUCCUCGCCCCUGUGUCGCACAGAGUCAAUCGUCCCAGACAUUAUAUAGACCGCUAGUUGCUGCGCUGCUAAAAACAAAACAGCUGAUAAAUCGCAAAGCGGCAAAUCGUCAACGACAAAAAAGCUAUUCAGCCAUUCCGGACGGCGACUGCCGGUGAUACAAGCCAGGUUCAGCUUUUCCAGUCAGACUCUCGAUCGCGCCGUGACCCGAUCUUCGGCCGAGUGGCCAUUGUGGAUCUCCGACAGCUGGAGCCCCCCUCCCCUGCAGCCGCCAUUUGUUCUCUUUCUGCGCCAACAGCUGCACCAACUUAACUACGAAUCAGACUAGUGUUUACGUUACGCUAGCAAGGCGGAAGUGUCGACGAGUAGACGGCCACGACCGACAGCAAUCGAUUAAAACAAGGCCACGGUAAAACAACGGAAGUUGGGUAAUUGCCGACACCGGCAUCGUCUACCACAUCUACGCUGUUUGAAAAAGCGUCGUGAAGCCUUUAGCGUGAACCAACAAGGCCGCCGCAGUCCAUAUUGUGAAUCAGCAAUAUUUCUAAACAUUCACCGUCUAUCACGGGGAUAGCAAGCACUAUCCUUGUAGAGACUCAGAGGCACUGACAAAUAGUGCGACGUAAUGCGGAUUAGUACAAUUUUUCGAUUCGUGAUUGCGUCCACCAACGUCGAUAAAACGAACCACUGGAGGUAAAUCUCGCUUCAGGGUGUUGUUUUUUCCCCGCUGUUGUUGUUAGAAGAAAGUCAGGCGAGCCGAGUUAGUUGUGUAAACGCGAUAACGUUGGUUGUGGCGAAAUGUCAUUGCCGCCAGGAGGAGCCACAUCCGGUUCGGGGCAGGGGGGCGUCCUUCUCGCUCAGUCCCCAGCCGUCACUCACACGGUGCGCACUAUCGUGCCUGUGACUGGAGGCGGCAUGGGCGGAGGUGGAGGUGCAGUAGCGCACGGCGUGACGCCCCCGCUGGGCAUCGCACAUCGAAACUUUUCAAGAUCGUUGACUGCUUUACCACCAGAGCCAUUCAUGAUCAUGCGAUCCAAAGCGCUUAAUAAACGGGUGGUGAUUAACGUCGGAGGCGUCAAACAUGAGGUUUUAUGGCGUACAUUGGAGCGCUUACCCCACACGCGACUCGGUCGACUGCGCGAGUGCAAUACGCAUGAAGCCAUUAUGGAGCUCUGUGAUGAUUACUCGCUCACCGACAACGAAUAUUUCUUUGACCGACAUCCACGUUCAUUCGGAGCCGUGCUCAACUUCUUCCGAACGGGCAAACUCCAUCUGGUCGAGGAAAUGUGCGUGAUCGCGUUUGCGGACGACCUCGAGUACUGGGGCAUCGAUGAGCUGUACUUAGAAAGCUGUUGUCAGCAUAAGUACCACCAAAGGAAGGAGCAUGUGCACGAGGAAAUGCGCAAAGAGGCGGAAAGUCUCCGGCAGAGGGACGAGGAAUAUUUCGGCGAGGGUCGCAGGGCGCAGUUCCAAAAGUUUCUGUGGGACCUUCUUGAAAAGCCGCAGUCAUCAAUGGCGGCAAGGGUGGUGGCCAUCUUUUCCAUUUGCUUCAUCAUCCUAUCGACAAUCGGGCUCACCCUCAACACAGUGAAGUCCCUGCAACAUCGUAAUGAGCAGGGCGAUGUAAUUGGCGAAAAUGAGACGCUCGCCAUGAUCGAGGUGGUCUGCAUCACGUGGUUCACGCUCGAAUACAUCCUGCGUUUUCUAAGCUCGCCCAAUAAAUGGAAAUUUUUCAAAGGCAUGCUAAACGUAAUUGACCUGCUGGCCAUCCUACCAUACUUCAUUUCGCAGUUCAUACCCGAAGACCAAGACAGUAAGGAGCCUCAUGACCAACAAAAGCAUAGCGCACACUUUCAAGACGUGCGGCGGGUCGUGCAGGUAUUCCGUAUAAUGCGAAUUCUUCGUAUUCUCAAGCUAGCGCGACACUCGACCGGCUUACAGUCGCUCGGAUUCACGUUGCGCAACAGCUACAAAGAGUUAGGACUACUCAUGCUGUUUUUAGCAAUUGGCGUUAUGAUCUUCUCAUCGUUAGCGUACUUUGCCGAAAAGGACGAGACAGGUACAAAGUUCACGAGCAUCCCAGAAGCAUUCUGGUGGGCUGGCAUUACUAUGACAACAGUUGGCUAUGGUGACAUUUGCCCAACGACGUUAUUAGGCAAAAUCGUCGGCAGCGUCUGCUGCAUUUGCGGGGUGCUCGUCAUUGCCCUGCCCAUUCCCAUCAUCGUCAACAACUUUGCCGAGUUCUACAAGAACCAGAUGCGCCGCGAAAAGGCGCUUAAACGCAAGGAGGCGCUGGAGCGCGCCAGGCGGGAAGGAAGUAUCGUCUCUUUCCAUCACGUCAAUCUUCGCGAUGCGUUCGCCAAGAGUAUGGAUCUCGUCGACGUACUAGUCGACACUUCGGGUCACACGAUUAAUCAGGCUGAUACUGCAUCAAUUGACGCAGACUCGAACGGUCGCGGAGGUAACACGGACGCAGGCUGUUACCGAAAUUUUGAACACCACCUUACCGGGGGCGUUAACAAUACCGCUCAGCAAAACAACAAUAACAAUACGAGUAACCGCGACACUGGGGGUAUCGGCGCCAACCUGGGCAACAAUGCUUCCAACAUAAGUAACAACAACAACAACAACAAUAGUAGUCACAACGCGAACAGCGUGAAUGCAGCUAGUGAAGUUCAAACAAUGUUCAGAAGCGACAACGCGACGAUAGGCGUUAGCGGACAUUCGUCUGGAGGUGCGCCACCUGUAGGAAGCGCUGGUGGUCCAGGUAGUCGCCUAGCGGAACGGGCUACCAGUGUCUCGGCGGACGGAGAAGAUCCAACAAUAGAAUUCAUUGACGUCAUUCAACAACAUAGCAAGGAGCGGGAUCGAAUAGAGAGUCUUCCUUUAAAUUCGCUUGGCGGAGCUCAGGGCCGAGUCGCAGGCCUGCGUUAUAAUAGAUCGCCGUCAGUCGAGGAUUUAACUUCACGGCCUACUUUCGAUAAGGCGCUGUCUGAUCUUCGUUAUAGGGAAAACUCAAGAAAUGCAAAGGACUCAUCAACAACGAGGGCAACAUUGACAAAUAAUCAGAACCAGGGUGGUACCACUGAUUCGCCGGAGAGCGCAUCAAACGUCCGUUGGGAUCGAUGCAGUGUGGAGAGCGGCAGCAGCUACCGAACCGCCCCUGGCAGUAUCCAUCUGGUUCAGGCGAUUUUGCCAUCAACCCAGGCGGCUCUGCCGCCGUCGUCUGGGGGCGAUAGCGACCAGCCCGGCUCGCGUUCCACACUGACGCAAUCCUUGCGACCUCGUGAAGCUCAACAUCAGGAAGGCAGCCGAAGGCGGCUCUCCGAUGAGAACGAAAACGAUGGCGAUGAUGAUGAUGACGAUGACGAUGAUGAUAGUAUCGGCCUCGAUCUGAAAGUGCCAUCUGGUGACGUCGCGAUGGGGGGCAUUGGUGGAAGGAGCGGUGCCGAUAGGGCUGACAGCGUAAUGUCCACUGCGAUAGCCUAUCAUGACCCGCUAUCGCCGACUAUAUGCAGACCACCGAAGUUCCUUAAAGGUGUGCGGACGAAAGCGCGCUUUGAUGUCCUGGAUGCCUCCCGGGCACUUCAGACAGGAUCGGCUGAUUCGCUUCUGCCUCCACACAUGAUCGGUUCGCCAGCGCAUCAUGCCAAUUCUGCAAAUAGGAAACGAAAUGUUUCUAAAUCAAAGUUUGCCAAAUUGGUGAAUAUAUUUACUCCGCAUCAGCACAAAUCUCCAAAGACUAGCCGUGGAGAAUAUCUUGAUCUGGGUCAGCCAAGUCCACCGCUAACCUGCGCCAAGAAGUCAAUCCUUAAGACGCCUCAGCAAGUCGGAAGCGCUCAGGCAACCGGCGGUGGUGGCGGAAGUCACACACUGAGGAAUUCUGCCGUAACCAAUUUACGCCACGAGGUGAAUGUUAAGGCGGGUUGUGACACUACGACAGAGGACGAAUCAGAAGAAUGUGAGGAGCGCCAACGCCUCAUAGGGGGUGCCACGGAUGUUGAUACGAGCGAAGCAGAGAUUUCGCACUCAUCAUCAGCCCCACUACCCACCACGGCAACAACAACUACGUCAGCGGCGGAAACAACAACAACAACAACAACACCACCACCACCACCACCACGCAGAUUGGCUGAAACCUCCCUGAUUCAGGGAAACGUGAACACAGCGCAAAGUGUGUCGUCGUCACAUAACCGACCGUCCAUGCAACAGGUAGUGGAAAAACCGCGGGAAAUUCAAAUACAGGAAGCAGACGACCGACAAACGACCGGUGGUGGAGCCCGUGACGCGAAAACCGCAGUAGAUGUCAUGUGUUCACCCGUCGAUUGCUCCGCACCGGUAGCAGAACCCCAGCCGAUUUCCAUAGCUGUACAAACUGGCGGCGGUCGUGGCAACGUGAAACGAUGCGCGAACCCGCUCUGCGCGUAUCGCGGAGAGGACAUCGGUGAGGGCGCAGGUUGCGUCUGCAAAUCCGGUUUAUACGCACUUCAGGGCUUUGACAGUAGCCCUGGCAUUGAAUCGGCUGACACAAUGUUUGCCGAUGCGUUGAACAGUUCCAUGCACGCCGGCUAA